UUCCUUGGCCAAUGGGAGCCGGAGCACUUUUCCAUCAAACCUUCCUUUUCAGGAUUUGCCGAGAGGCGAACUUCUCCAAAUGUUACCGCCACGGGAUCGGAGUUAGACUUGACACGGACGGCUCAGACAUAAGCUACUACUACUACUACUACUAGAGCUACUACUCCUCUCUGAGACGUCGGUUCACACACCAUCGGGACGAAUGAAGACGGAAGGAUCUAUACGGACUCCGGCGCAUAAUGUUGGGAUGGAGUUUAGAGACUUGUUUGGCUCAAAGGAAGACUAGAAAACGUUCUUCUAGUUUGUUGCCGGUGCUGCUGGAUGCGCUCUACUUCUAUGUUGGAUUAUUGUCGCUUUUUCUGAACUCGCACCGAUUCUGUGUCGCUUCGCUCUGCGUGCCGUUCACGCUCUUUGGACUAUGGCCUCGGAUCGCGGGGUCCCAGGGGCCGGCGUCUUUGGAGAUUUACCCCCGAGUUACACACGCUCCCAGCCGCCUGCGAACCCAGACCUACUCCGGAGACCCAGCUACUGCCACGCUGCUUUCGCACUCAAACAGAUCUCAAAGGGGAAGGCAGUAGGUCAGAAAGCUCCUCUUUGGAUCCGGGCGAGGUUCCAGGCCUUCCUAUUCUCUCUGGGCUGCUACAUCCAGAGGCACUGUGGGAAGGUCCUCUUUAUUGGACUCUUAGUUUUCGGGGCUCUGUCUGUGGGACUCCGAGUCGCAGCCAUCGAAACCAACAUUGAACAGCUAUGGGUGGAAGCUGGCAGUCGUGUGAGCACAGAGCUUCGCUACACAAGGGAAAAACAGGGAGAGGAGUCUGUAUUUACCUCACAGAUGCUUAUCCAGACCCCCAAAGAAGAGGGCACAAACAUUCUCACCCAGGAAGCUUUGCUGGUUCACAUGGAAGCCGCGCUGUCCGCCAGCAAAGUACAGGUGUCAUUGUUUGGAAAAUCAUGGGAUCUUAAUAAAAUAUGCUAUAAAUCUGGAGUCCCCAUUAUAGAGAACGUCAUGAUCGAAAGGAUGAUUGACAAGCUGUUCCCCUGUAUGAUAAUCACCCCAUUGGACUGCUUUUGGGAAGGGGCCAAGCUACAGGGAGGCUCUGCCUAUUUACCGGGUAUGCAAGAUAUCCAGUGGAUGAAUCUAGAUCCAGUCAAGCUGAUGGAGGAGCUGAGCCAGUUCACCUCACUGGAAGGGUUCAAGGAGAUGCUGGACAAAGCCCAGGUGGGACAUGCCUACAUGAACAGACCAUGUCUAGACCCCUCAGACCCUGACUGCCCCCUCAGUGCACCUAACAAGGAGCUAGGAGAGAGUCCUGACAUUGCUGGGCGUCUCCAGGGUGGUUGCCAUGGUUUUAGCCGGAAGUUCAUGCACUGGCAAGAGGAGCUCAUUUUGGGAGGGCGGGUCAAGAACAGCCAGGAUGCUCUGCUGAGUGCGGAGGCUCUCCAGACCAUGUUCCUGCUGAUGAGUCCUAAGCAGCUAUACGAGCACUUUAAGGACGACUAUGAAAUCCACGACAUUAACUGGAAUGAGGAGAAAGCCACCGCCAUCCUUGAAUCCUGGCAGAGAAAGUUUGUCGAGGUGGUUCACCAGAGUAUUCCAGCAAACUCCAGUCAGUCCAUCCAUGCUUUCUCCACCACAACCCUCAAUGAUAUCAUGAAAUCCUUCUCUGAUGUCAGCGUCAUCAGGGUGGCUGGAGGAUACCUGCUCAUGCUGGCCUAUGCCUGUGUGACCAUGCUUAGAUGGGACUGUGCUAAAUCCCAGGGGGCCGUGGGGUUGGCUGGGGUGCUGUUGGUGGCUCUGUCAGUGGCAGCUGGACUGGGUCUCUGCUCCCUGCUUGGCCUCUCCUUCAAUGCCGCUACGACACAGGUGCUUCCCUUCCUGGCACUGGGGAUCGGUGUGGAUGAUAUGUUUUUGUUGGCUCACUCUUUCACAGAAACUGAAAGCAACAUACCCUUCAAGGAGCGGACAGGAGACUGUCUGCGUCGCACCGGCACCAGUGUGGCUCUGACUUCCAUCAACAACAUGAUUGCAUUCUUCAUGGCUGCUCUCGUACCCAUCCCUGCGCUCCGAGCUUUCUCAUUGCAGGCGGCCAUUGUGGUUGUGUUUAACUUUGCCAUGGUGCUGCUCAUCUUCCCCGCCAUCCUCAGUUUGGACCUCCACCGUCGCGAGGACAAGCGUUUGGACAUCCUCUGCUGUCUCUACAGCCCGUGCUCCGAUCGCGUCAUCCACCUCUCACCUCAAGAGUUAUCAGACGCCGGAGAACAGCCUCACACGCCAACAACGGCGACGGCGCACACGCACCAGUACACUGCUGGCUCGACCAUCACCACCAGCACCCAAAUCACUACGACGGUGCAGGCGUUCACGCAGUGCGACGCGGCAGGCCAGCAUAUUGUAACAAUUCUGCCGCCUACCUCACAGAUUUCCACCAGCCCUCCUUCCAUCAUCCUCUGCCCUCCCUCCCAGCCUCAAGCCGCAUCACCUUCCCCCACCACCACCUCUGUGCCAGACCCCUAUGGCUCUCAGCUCUUCACCCCUACCUCCAGCUCCACACGAGACCUCUUAGCCCAGGUGGAGGACUCCAGAUCAGGGAAAAAGUGUGUACCGCUCCCUUUCCUGCACUGGAACUUGUCCAAUUUUGCCAGGGAGAAAUAUGCCCCUCUGCUCCUUAAGCCUAAGAGCAAAGCCGCCGUGGUUGUUCUCUUCCUGUGCCUCCUGGGCCUCAGCCUGUACGGUACCACCAUGGUGCACGACGGCCUUUACCUGACCGAUAUCGUGCCACGUGACACCAAGGAAUACGACUUCAUCGACGCCCAGUUCAAGUAUUUCUCCUUCUAUAACAUGUACCUGGUUACUAUGGACGGAUUCGAUUAUGCUCGAUCUCAAAGGCUGUUGAUUCAGCUGCACAACGCCUUCAACUCAGUUCGAUAUGUGGUCAGAGACAGCGACAACAAACUGCCCCGCAUGUGGCUGCACUACUUCCAGGAUUGGCUCAGAGGUCUUCAGGCGGCUUUUGAUGCUGACUGGCAGGCAGGCAGAAUUACCGCUGACAGCUAUCGUAACGGCACAGAAGACGGGGCUCUGGCAUACAAGCUCCUGAUCCAGACUGGCUCCAAGAAAGAGCCUUUUAACUACAGCCAGCUGACCUCUCGUCGGCUGGUGGAUGUCGAGGGUUUGAUCCCCCCGGAGGUUUUUUACAUUUACCUGACAGUCUGGGUCAGUAAUGAUCCCCUGGGCUACGCUGCAUCUCAGGCCAACUUCUACCCUCACCCCAGAGAAUGGAUUCAUGACAAGUAUGACACUACAGGGGAAAAUCUGCGCAUCCCGGCUGCAGAGCCCCUGGAGUUUGCUCAGUUCCCCUUCUACCUGAACGGCCUUCGUCAGGCCAGCGACUUUGUGGAAGCCAUCGAGAGUGUGCGCACCAUUUGCGACGAGUUUAGCCGCAAGGGUGUGUUCAAUUACCCCAACGGAUACCCCUUCCUGUUCUGGGAGCAGUACAUUGGCCUCCGACACUGGUUCCUGCUGUCGAUCAGUGUGGUGUUGGCCUGCACCUUCCUGGUCUGUGCGAUCCUCCUGCUCAACCCCUGGACUGCAGGCAUCAUUGUGUUUAUCUUGGCCAUGAUGACUGUGGAGUUGUUUGGCAUCAUGGGUCUAAUUGGCAUCAAGCUGAGUGCCAUUCCUGUGGUCAUCCUGAUCGCUUCCGUGGGCAUCGGAGUGGAGUUUACUGUUCACAUCGCUCUGGGCUUCCUGACAGCGAUUGGCAACAGAAACAAGCGCUCGGCGGUGGCGCUGGAGCACAUGUUUGCGCCGGUGGUUGACGGCGCGAUCUCCACGCUGCUGGGUGUUCUCAUGCUGGCCGGGUCCGAAUUUGACUUCAUCAUGAGGUAUUUCUUCGCUGUGCUAGCCAUCCUGACUGUUUUGGGGAUGCUUAAUGGCUUGGUUCUCCUCCCAGUCCUCCUCUCCAUGAUGGGUCCUCCGGCUGAGGUCACCCCGGUUGACAAUGCCAGCUGCCUGCCGUCACCUUCUCCAGAGCCUCCGCUGCCUCCACCAAUGACCCACCAUGGGUACUACACAGGCCACCCCAACCCACGCUCUCGUCAACAGGCAUUUUCUGAGUCAUCAGACUCUGAGUAUUACUCUGAGUUGACUACUACAUCAGGGAUUGGGGAGGAGGAUUAUAAGUACUGUGAACGGAGUGCAUACUUAGCAUCGCACACCAGCGUUCCACCAGCAACAUCUCAUAUACUGCUGGAAGCGAGCAAAGACCCGAGCUUCCCUAAACUUACGGUGGUGAAGCCACUUAGAGAAAAUGCAACAGCUCCUGGUGGGAGGAUUGAACCAUUAAGUGAAUCUUCCCACAUUGCACAGUCUCCUCUUGGAUCCCAGGUUACAUGCUGGGAUGAAAACAAGCGGGAGCAGCAGAGGGGCUUCCAGAGACUCCAGGCUCAGCCUGGCCAACACUUACCCGGCGACAGAGCCCACUUUCCUGGGAGGACUUUUCAAAGCGGCCCCAGGUUCCAGAACGUUAGAGGGCCUCAGCCAAACAGGACUAAAGGGCUGAGCUAUAGCCAUAGCAACUCUACCCUGCCAACACAACAAGGCUCCGCCGGGGGACCUGUUACUAUGGUUACAGCCACGGCCUCUGUGACAGUGGCUGUCCACCCGACCUUGCCGGGAGCAGCAUACCAAGGCUACAUGCAUGAAGGUUUUGACACGGACAGCGAGUCGGACUGUUUUGAGGCUGCUAAGAGGACAUGUGGUGACAAAACAAACUUUUCUUCAUGUAAAAGAGACUCUCUAGAGCUCCAGGACUUGGAAGCAACACAGGGCCAGACAGAGUAUCAGCUUGACAAGACACAAGGUGAGCUGAGGAUCCAGGCACCCAAAGACUGCUAGACCCUCUCACACGCCUCGCCCUCUCUCUUCGAGUCUCUGGGUUACUCCCCAGAGCGUCCACAUGGCGUCACGUCACGCAUUGACAGCUGUACAUAGACUCUAAAGAAUAAAAGAGAGGUUUUACUUCAAGGACGUGUUAAGACGAAAAAAAUAUUUCUUUUAAGAAUUAUAUAAAUUUAUGAGUAUAUAUUUUAAUACUAAACAAGAGGGAAGCUAUUUAAAAGAGUACUGUAUAACUUGGGUAUUCUCUUGUGUAAAAGUUCAGAUGUAAAAGAUUAUCUUCAAGUGGGGUGGUUGAUUUUUUUUUUUCUUUUUUGUGUUUUUUUUUUUUUUUGGUUGCCCCCCUGCACUGUAUAGAAUAAGAAAUGUGCUAUAUGAUUUCACAAAGCUGAGAUGUUAUUAAGAUUAUAGGCUAUUGAACAUACAUGGUCAGUGUUUUAUUUCUAUUUGUAUUAUGUUCCUUUUUUUGCUGCUACACUUCAAAAUAAUUUUAAGCAAUUUGCCUUAAAAGAAAAAUGCAGUACCCCUCCCUCCCCCUUCUCCUAUUAGCAUCUAUCACAGUGUUGCGCUGUGAGAUAUUCUGCGUCUGACAGACUCUCUGCCGUAGUGUGCACUGUAAAAACUUACACAGCAGAUGGUGUUUUCUUAACAGUAGUAACCGCCGUGCCUUCACUACAUCACCCUUCCCCUGUUAUCACAGCAUUCAGAGCUCAGUAUUAUGUUGUAAUUGUAUAAAUAUGUUUUUAUCGCUUUCUCUUGUCAAGACACAGAAUGUGUACCACGAUUGGCAGUGAUUGGCUGACGCUUGUCACCAUCUAUUUGAAAAUGGUCGAAUCUGAUCAAUCAGCCAUCAUGACACGCUUAAUUCAUAUUUCCUGUGCCCCAACGGCCUCUGCAGUUUUAAAUUACUUGAAGGAGCUUUGAUGUCUUUUUUUUUCCUGCAGUUUUUGUAAGCUCUACAGUGGGUGAUGUUUACUUUUGUCACUUUAACAAAAGUGUCGUUCACCUUCUCGUAUUACUUUUGAAAGGGAAUCUUAAAAUUCACAAAUGCAAAGGGAGUUUUUUUAGUUUAUUAUUUUCUCUUUUUUUUCUUUGCUGGCUGCUUUAGGGUUAUUAGGGUCUCUUUUUAUCGCGACCCUGUGCAAUUAUUACACGAUGUAAACCGGUUUCAGUCUAGUUAGCGCUUCGACACGCUCUGACUCACUUUUUUUUUUCUAAUGACUCACUCUGUCUGUUAAUGCAAACCUCAUGUAUGUGUCAUGUUACAUUUCUUUCAUUUCAUUUGCUUUACAGAGUUUCAGUUGUUAUUAUUCUUGUUCAGUAUUGGUCUAAUCACUGCCAGGUUAAAUAAUUGCAGGGAGAAACUUGCAGAUCUAUUUGUGUGUGUGUCUAUGUGUGUGUGUGUCAUUUUCCAAGUGGCAGCUUUGGGUUUUUUGUUUUGUUUUUUUAUUUUGUAAAUAUGAAAAAACAGUCAAGUAGCUACUGCAGCUGAACAAAAACACCUUUCACAGUUUGAUCACACCAUAGACAGCCAGGAGGUGUUGUCAGUAUCUGUGUGUGUGAGUGAGUGAAUGUGUGGGUGCGUGUGUGCGCGCAUGUGGGAAGGGGGUGGGCGAGGGAGUCCUGCAUUGAUUUGUAGUUUAUUUCAGAAAAAAAUGUUAAUGUCAUGCCAUAUAAAUUAUUUAUAUUAAAUUUUUAUUUUUGUAGUUUGUACAGUUGUUAGUAUCUAGACUGAAGUUCUAUUUUUAAAGAGUAAAUAUAUAUUAUAUAUAAAUAUAUCUAUUUGUGGCUGAGUUUGCUUUUAUUUUAUUGUUCUGUU